CGCGCAAUUAUGACAGUUAGGGCCAAGGGUUCUGAAAGAAAAAAAUUACUCUAAUUAUAUUGCAAUUUGCAAUUAUUUGUAAUACAUUGUUAUUUGGGCCUUUUUGACCAUGAAUAUCACAUGUAUCAUCUGUAGUGAUUUAAUUUUACCAAAUUCGGAGAUUUUUACAACACCCUGUGGUCAUAUUUUCCAUUAUGCAUGUUUAAUGCAGUGGCUAGAAAGGGCUAAGAAUUGUCCUCAAUGUAGACGAAAAACUACCGAAAAAUCUAUUCAUAGAGUAUACUUAAACAUCAAUAAUGUUGAGGAUGAAACUGCUGAUCCAGCAACAUUACAAUACAAAAUCGAUGCAUUACAGUUUCAGUUAGCACUCAAAGAUAAGGACGUUCAAAAUUAUACUACAAAGUAUCAAAAGGCUAAAACCCAAAAUGUAGCUUUAAGGACGGAAGUACAAGAACUGGAAAGUAAAAUCAGAACUCAUGAAUCUAUAGUAAACGCUUUGAAAGACCAAAUUUCGUAUUUCAAAGAGAUAUCAAGAGACAGGGACAGGCUAUCAGAGUCGUACUUUAAACUUAAAGAAACAGUUAAAAAAUACGCAAAUGUUGAAACGGCCAUUAACGGUACUAGAGAAGCUGUAACUGAAAUGAUCAAGAAUGAAAGUGAUAUUGAAUCUCUUGCACUUUUAGCAGCAACACUAAAAAAAACAUUACUUGACGUUGAAGGACGAAAAUUAAGUGCAGAACAUAAAAAUAAACAACUACAACACGAAUUAACUAAAUAUAGAAGGGAAAUCGCUUCACUCCGUUCAGAAAAUCAAGAUUUAAGACGUACCAUAGAGGAAAAAAAUGCGGCUGAAGAAGCCAAUGAAAUUAGUCUAUUUUCUCAAGCAAAUGACGAUUCUCAAGAUAGAGACUCACCACCCACGUUUAAGAAAAAGGUUGAAGAUAUUUUAAAAUCCAACUCACCAUAUCUGCCUUUGAAAUCAAGUGCUAUCAAUUUAGAACUGUUUACAAGUUCCAAACUUCGCUCAACCACAAACCAAAUGUCUAUUUUCAAAAAACCUGUUGCAACGGCGUUACCAACACAAAUAGUUAAAAACUCUGAUCUUGUUUAUGACGGAUUGGGUGGUCAUAGCAAAGAAGAGGUUUUUCCUCGGCCUGGACUGAAACGACGCAGAUUUGAGCCGAGUAGCACUUCAGUGAAAUCCCGAAGAGUGGCUCCUAAUAAGAGAUAAGACUUGUUAUUUUUGCAUACUUUAUUUUUGUUUAACAUAAUAUAUUUUUUUACACUGCAAUUUUUUGUGGUGUGUUUAGAUUUUUCCUCAGAUUUUUCAAUCUUUGUCCGCAAUAAAUCCUUAGUAAAACACUUGUGAAUACGAGAGUGAUACCGAAUGUUCCCGCUAUAGUCACAUGAUGGUUGUAGAUGAUACAACUCAAGAGGACACUCAAGCCUUGACGUAUUGUUGUAAUUAUGGCAAAAAUUAAAGGUCCGAAUUUCGCAAUCGUACUAAAAAUAAAUAACUGUCCAGCAGCUGAACACACAGAUAAUAGAAGACAAUCAACGAUGAAUUGUGGAUACUUUAACAUGAAAUGAAACGAUUUAAAAAACACGUUUUGUUGUAACAAUGAAACGGCUGUAAAAAUACAUGAAAAUAAGUUAACACAACACAUCAUUUGUACCGGUUUAAUUUU